CGGGCCCGCCCCCCGGUGGGCCGUGUGGCAGCAGAGGCGCCAUUGGCGGAGCGCGUGUGCGGGCCCGGGAGCGGCGGCAGCGGCCGGAGCCCGGUGAGGCGGCGGCGGAGCUCGGAGGCGGCCCCAGCGCAGGAUUUUUCAUUCCCAAGGAGUGUCCGGAUGGAGGAGGAGGAAAAGCCCCGGAGAUCCCGCCCGAGGAGGGGCUGCAAACCCAGCGCAGGGAGCUGUGAGGAGGAAAGACCCCCCCUGUGCCAGGAGGGCGGCCGGAGAUGCAGGCGGAGCUCAGAGCUCGGGGAGAAGCCUGAUGGAGGGGAGAAGCCCCACAAGUGCCUGGAAUGUGGGAAGGCCUUCAGGUACAGGUCCAACCUGAUCCAGCACCAGUUGAUCCACAGUGGGGAACGGCCCUACGAGUGUGGGGAGUGUGGGGAGAGCUUCAACCACAGCUCCAGUCUGAGCCGGCACAAUAGGAUCCACACUGGGGAACGGCCCUACAAGUGUGGGGAGUGUGGGAAGAGCUUCAGAAACAGCUCCAAUCUCAUCCGGCACCAGGUGAUCCACACUGGGGAAGGGCUCUACACCUGCUUGGAAUGCGGGAACGGCUUUGCAUGGAGCUCCAACCUGCGAAAACACCAGGUGAUCCACACCGGGGAGAGGCUCUAUGAAUGUCCCGAGUGUGGGAAGAGGUUUCAGACCAGCUCCCAUCUCCUCCUACACCAGCGGAUUCACACAGAGGAGAGGCCCUUCCGCUGCCCCGACUGCGGGAAGGGCUUCAAGCAAAACUCCAACCUAAUCAGGCACCGGCGCAUCCAUACCGGGGAGAGGCCCUAUGAGUGUCCCCAGUGUGGGAAGAGCUUCUCACAGAGCUCUCACUUGACCAAACACCAACGGAGGCACCACUAAGGGAAGCCCUGUGAGUGCCCCGAGAGCAGGAAGAGCUCCGUGCGCUGCUCCAGCUCCAUCCCCAGUGGGAGGAUCGGCGUUGGAUGAUCCCCAGUGACCCCCGUUGGGCAGAGCCCUGGUGAUCCGUGGGCCUGGUGAUCCCUGUUGGGAAGACACCUGGCUGGGAUGCUCCACAUCUUCCUGUCUCCCGUGGGCACCUGGAUGAAUGCAGGGGCAGGAACAUCCAUGGGGACACAGACUGACAUUGGGAAUUCUUUGGGGAGAGUGGAUUUGUUGACUUUCAAGCCGAGAAAAUGUUUAGGGUUCAUCGCUCUCUUCUGUGUGAGAGGCGCCGCAGAAGAUCUCGGGAUGUCACGGAAAGUGAUAAGGACCCUUCCCCCUCACUCCCUGCGAUAUGUAAUCAUCUCUGAGGAAUGCAGCCUCCUCUAAACCCAGUAGUUUUCCACUAACUUUCGACCUUCUUACCCCUCUGACGUAGCAAAGCGCCCUUAGGCUAUUUAACCCCACUUUGUAAAGGAAUAAACUCCAUUUUGACCAACUCAUCAUAUUGAUGUGAUCGUCUCGUGGACCGAGGGGCUUGGGCGAGGUCAAGCCGCCGUGCUGUCUCUUGAAACCAGGUCACCUUGCCUUUUAUCAGAAGGCAACACUUCUGGUGGCAUAAAGGAAUACUGAAUGGUCUUGGAGGUCUUUUUCAACCUCAGGGAUUCCACGAUUUUGAUUUCCUAUUUCCCAAGGGUUUGUUCCACAGCCAAAUGGUGAUGGACUUGGGGGAAAGACCAAGAUGUUGGAGAGAGUGGGGUGGAAACCCCUCCAAAAAAGGUUCUUCCCUCACAUCUAAGCAUGUGGAUCCUCAGCCAGCACGGACACAGAAAUCCUUUUCUUUUGGCCUUGGUUUGCUUUUCAUUUCUCUUCAUCUCUUUAAAAUAUCCAACAGUAGGGUAAAAAUAAAGACAUUGAGUUAAUGCAUGGGUGGGGACGGGGGGAUAAAACAUGAAGAAUGACAUGAGGACACAUGGACAUUGAGAGGGACGUGGCCAUUCAUGGAGACAUGGAGGGACACAGGCACAGAUGGAGAUGUGGGGGACAGUGACAAGGAUGGAAAUGUGGUGGGGAGACAGCCAUGGGUGAGGACAUGGUGGGACAUGGCCAGUGACAUGUGGGGACAUGGCCAUGGCCGGUGCCAUGGGGGGAACUUGCAGGGGCUGUGGGGGAUGCUGGGUUUGAGGGAGUUGAGGGUUCCUGGCAGGGACUUGGGCCUUGCUGAGGGCUUUGGGGACCCCAGGCUCAGCAGCUCCGGCUGCGCUGGGAGACCCUGGCGGAGGUUGUGGGGCAGCUGCUCAAGGAGCCCCUGACCUGGACCUCCCUCUGGGCAUUGGGGUCCUGGAAGGGAAUGAACAUCCUUGUCCCCAGGAGGGAAAUCCCAGCAGCCCCAGGGUGUUGGGGCCAGCUGAGAGGCCCCAACAGGGAGGGGAAAGCCAGACAGAGCUGUCCCUCUCCAAAACUGCACCCCAAAAAUACUAAACUCAGGGAUUCUUCCCAGAAAAUAGCUGCCAGGAGGUGCCUGCAUUAAAUAAAAGGGGGGAUGACACCCUCAGAUUCCAUUGGAAGGAGUUCCAUUCCUCGUUUCUAAUGCUCAGGAUGGAGCCAGGCCAGUUUGGGCUGCAGCAGCUCUGGAGUCUUGGCCAGCCUGGGCACACCCCAUGAGCCUCCUUCUCAAAUUUCCUUGGCGGCUUAGAGGGGUCCCAGUGUGUUUUGGGGUUUGCUGAGUGUCGUGUCUGGGUUCAGGUGCCUCCCAGGGAGUCCCCAUUAUGGGGUGACACGGCUGGGACACAAAAGGGUCCCCAUUCUAAUCCAUCCUGGGGCCUGUUCUGCCCCUCCCCGCCAAUUACAGUCCCUUUCUGACCCAUCCCUUCCAUCCCUUUCCCCACAGCUCCGCAGUUCCUGAUCCAUCCCUUCCAUCCCUUCCCCCACAGCUCCGCAGUUCCUGAUCUAUCCCUUCCAUCCCUUCCCCCACAGCUCCGCAGUUCCUGAUCCAUCCCUUCCAUCCCUUCCCCUCUCGGACAAAGCCGCCAUCCCCGCCUGCUCCCCGAGCCCGCCCCACAGCGCCCCCUGCAGCCGCGGGGGGAUCAUCGCCCCUGCCCCGCCCACCGGGAGCCACCAGCGCCCCUGCCGGCCGUGCCCGGAACUGCACCAAAGGGGAAAGGGCCGCGCUCAGGGAAGUGUUCCUGGCUUCUGCUUCUGGUUGUUAUUGAUGCUGGGCUUGGUGUUGUUUGUUUGCCUGGUUAUACACACCAGUAAAGAACUGCUAUUCCUAUCCCCACACCUCUGCCUGAGAGCCCCUUAAUUUUUAAAAUUAUAAUAAUUCGGAGGGAGCGGGUUUGAAAUCUUAAUUUCGUGGGAGUCUCUGGCAUUUCCCUGGCAUACACCUGUCUUUCAGAUAAACAUAAUGCCAUUCUCUGAAUUAGUUAUCAUAUAAAAGUUAGUAUAUUUCUAAUAUAAAAACAUUUUAGCAUUGCGCAGUCUCUUUUAAUUUUUGCUAAGGUCUGUGAUAUGAAAUCGAUUUAUUACACUACCAUUUCUGUAAGCUACACAGUGCACACAUCAACUGAUAGGUUAUGUUAUACCAAAAAGCAUCUGAAAGGAAUUAUAAAUUGUACCGUAUCAAAAUCCUUGUGAUCAAUAACAAUGUGCAAAAGCUGAGACGUGAAUGUGAAAGCCAAUAUGGUAUUGUCAUUAAUAUUGUCAUGAAUAUUGUCUUUUAUAACCCCAGACUGCUGCCUCUCCUGCAAGGCACCGAGAGGGCUCAUUCACCCCCUGCUCCCAUGUCUCUGCGUGUCCCCAAGUGUCCCUAGAGUGUCCCCAGUGAUGUCAGCCCAAUAAUUUCCAUCAGCAUUUGGGACAGUUUCAAUGAAAAUUCCAGGAAAAUUCCCCAAACUUGUCUCAAAGACCAUGUGGAGAGGGGGGGAGUGGACAAGUGACAUCAGCGAUGUUCCCGAAGAUGUCACUACCACAACGAUGUCACAGCGGUGACAUCACUUUCCUCCCAGAAGCCUCGAGAUGUCCUCGAUGGCUUUUUUGGCACUGCGCGGCCACUGGGGAGCCACCGAGGUCACUAGGGCCACUGGGGUUGUCAUAGGGAAUCACGAGAAGGGUGUGGAUGUCCCCAGUUGUCCCCAGCAGGUGACGCGUGGUCAGGCGGGUGCUGGCCUCCCACAGCCACUCGGUCUCAGCCACUGCGGCCACCAAGGCCUUGGGGACACUGGGGGAUGCCUCCCUUGUCUCCACCAGGGUGGCCUCGAUGUCCCCGAGCCGGCGCAGCAGCUCCCAGAGGAACACGGUGGCUCUGUAACACAUGGACACCAAGUGCCCCAGCAGCCUCAGGGCCAUUUGCCCCUGCUCCCUCCAGGUGCCCUUGGUCCUGCAGUUGUCACGGAGCUUGGUGGCCUCCCCGGCCAGCCGGUCCCAGCUCUCUGUGAGCGCAGCCACUGACUCCUGCCAGGCGCUGACCGUGGCUGUCACAGGGGCAUGGGCCCAGGGGGCCCCUGGGUUGGCCUCGAGGGCGGCCAGGGCCUGGCGCAGGGAGGUGACAUCGUGCUGGCCCAGGGAGGUGACACUGCGGUGGUUCAGGGUGCAGCAGAGGUGCCAGGUGAAUUUCCUCAGCUCUGCACGCAGGGAGUUUGGGAACAUGGUCGGCAGUCUGUCCCAGUCUGGCCUGGUCACGAUGGCCAGCAGCUCACCCAGGGUGGCCACCACUGCCACCACCGCCUCCAGCAGCUGGAGAGGGGACAGGGGAGGUGGCAGGGACCUCGUGACACUUCUGGCCUCCUGGGCUGGCCCCUGUGCCCUCCCGGGGUCCCUUUUGUCCCCUCCCUGGAAGACUCAGCUGUUGCCAGAGAUCAGCCAGAGUCAAGAUAGCACUCAAUAUGAGUUCAAAAUCUUGCUCGUUUAUUCAGCUAUUUGGGUUACAUUUAUACUGUGCUAAUCAUAUCAUGCACCUAACUCUGAACAUCAUUGGUUAAACCACAGUGUUCACACAUCCUUGCAGUAUUCAUGAUCAGCUUAGCAGCUCUGUCCCCAUGGCUGGAUGCUGUGAGCCUUCUCCAACUUAUGGUCAACACAUCCUGUCCAGCAUCCUGUUACAGCUAUUGCUCCAAACUUUACUUCAUUCUUAUCCCAUCUAAAGAACAGUUCAAGGACAUUUCAGCUUCUACUCAUCCUUUAGGCUGAAAGCAGCAUUGUGCACAUGUCCCUGCUUUUCCAGCCAUGCAUCCACAAUUGCCCCGUUUUCUUUUUGCACAAUCCAUACCUGUUCUGUUCCCUUUGCAAACACUCUACGCACACAACAACAAACAACCAACCAAACACACUCCUAAAAUAACCACUAAUAACACAACAAUUCCUGUUUUCACUAAUCCCCUUCUCUACCUAUCAAUGCCUAACCAAUCACAUAAUGACUCCAAUCCAAAGAAUCCUACAUCUUGCUGAAUCUUGUUAACACGUGCUGCAAGUUCUGUAUUUUCUUGUGGAUGGACUCAAAAUGAUCCUCAAAGCCCAUGCAACACUUUCCAUCAAAGUCUUCACAACCAUGCCCAUGAGCUAAUAA